AUGGCGACUGGUCGAACCGCGAACUGGUUGCAUGUCGAGUCUGCGAAGGCGGUUGUAGUCGUCUCGCCGGUCUCGGCUGGCCGAACCGGCGCUCCUCUGCCCUCGGACGGCCCAAAGUCGUCUCUUUUUAUACUCGACGACGAGGUCGAUGUCCGGUCAUGGCCUCUGCCUGACACAAGCCUCUUCUUCACGCAAACGUCCGACUUUUCUCAGCCUCCUUCGCGCCAUCCUGAGAAUGGCCAAGCCCAGUUCAGGCGAAGUUUUAUCUUCUCCCGCCUCCCUCCCGGCAACCGGUCUCCAGGCCGGUCCCACCCACCAAGAAAGUCUUUUCUGUGUUUUUUCUCUUUUCAUACCUCUCACGUUGCGACGAACACAGGCCAGCAGAAGCGGCCCCAUUGA